UCGCAUACUUCUCGGUAAAAGUGUUAAAUGCUGGAUAAUUUAUAUCUGGGAAUUGUGAAAGAAUGGACCAGAACUCUGCCGAGGAGAACAUCUUCGUGGUCAAUGGAAAAUCAAAGAAGAAUCGCUGGCAAACGGAUGUUGAGCGCCUGGCAAAGUCCCAUUGGCUCAGCGAUUAUGCACGGGAUAUAUUUUUAACCAUGAAGGAGCAGGAAACGCGCCGUAUGCCGAUGUAUUUCCUUUCGCCGCAAAUUAAUGAACGCCAGAAAAUGCUGCAGUUGCUCCAAAUGGUGGCCAGAACCCACAAAAUCAGCCGAUGUGCUUUGCAUUUGGCAAUGUACUACUUGGAUCGCUUUGCGGACCACUACAAAAUCCGGAUGGACAAGCUGUCCUUGCUGGCGCUGACCUGUCUUCAUAUAGCAGCCCAGAUCGAGAACACCGAUGCCUUUAUACCACACUAUAGCGAAAUGAACCAACUGGUGAGGAAUGCCUACACAGCCUUCGAAUACAAAGCAGUGGAGAGGAAACUUCUGUGCUUCCUCAAUUUUGAGCUAGUGCGUCCCACAACUGCCAGUUUUGUGGAGCUCUUCGCCUGUAGUUUCCUUACUCGCAGCGAUUUCGCGGUUUACACUGGGAUGUUGGACGAUUUCGAGAGCGAUCAGAAUAUCCAGCCAUACCAGCGGUAUGAAAGCUUCGAACAAAUGCUUGCUAGUCUAGCGCAGUUGCUGCUCCGCAUGGCGGACUUUACAUUAACCAUUUCCAGAUUUGCCGAUGAACGGCCCUCACUUCUGGCCGCCGCCUGCAUUGCCGCAGUUCGCCAGGUGAGCGGCGUGAAGCGCUGGUCGACGUACCUCAUUGGAUUAACCUCCUACACCGAGGCCCAUGUGGAGCCCUUUAUAGACGCGAUAGCCGGCUACCACUCCUACCAAACUAUCCAGCCAAUUUGCGAGAUUUCCCCUGUCCAGAUCAACCAGAACGUAUCCAGUCCCGACUCAGGAUUCGAGCAGUCCCUCACUGAAAGCACAGACUUGGUGGUCCCCGAUGAAGUGGUAACCGUGGAGGUGGGCACCUACAACAUUAUCACUGUGCAGCUCCAGGACAUAGCUCCAAACUCAACCCCUUCCGAAGCUCAAUCAAAACUUAAGCGACUGCGGAUCGAAGAUAAUUCCGAAUCCCCGCAGCCUUUUAAACAAGCCAAAGUUGAAUAUGAACCUAUAGAUAAGUAACAGAACGAAAGUCAAAACUAAUACCAUUUGGAGAAAAUCCAAAUAGUUUCCAGGAGUCUUAACAAGAUCGUUUUACGCAGAUAUGCCUCGUUCAAUUGA